UAAGUCAAAAGUCGACUUUUAGAUCAUUAACUGCACGUGUAUGAUUUCUGUGUCCUAGAGAUUUCCAAUUAUAUUCAUUGUUAAAAUGUCCACAACUUCUGAGGACGAGCAAAAUGUUGUAAGUAGCGAAGAAGAGGACGAUGACAAUAGUGGUGAUGAAUCCCACCUAGAAGAUGAGGAGGAGUCUAAUAAUGAAGAACCUUAUGAUGAAAACGAUGAGGCAGAGGAGGGUACAAACGGCAAAAUCAACAAUGAGGAAACUGAGAAAGAACUUAACUGGAAGGAUUUGGGUCUAAACGAUACACUGUGCAAGGCAUGCGAGGAACUAAAAUGGAAAGCGCCAUCAAAGAUUCAAAAAGAAGCCAUACCUGUUGCAUUACAGGGCAAAGAUGUCAUAGGCCUUGCCGAAACAGGUUCGGGCAAAACCGGUGCUUUUGCAUUGCCUAUACUUCAGGCAUUGUUGGAUAGCCCUCAAAGAUAUUUUGCUUUGAUUCUGACACCCACCCGUGAAUUGGCAUUCCAAAUAUCCGAACAAUUUGAGGCGUUGGGAAGCUCCAUUGGUGUCAAAUGCUGUGUUGUUGUCGGCGGCAUGGAUAUGGUAUCACAGGCCUUACAACUGGGCAAAAAGCCCCAUAUAAUAAUAGCAACACCCGGUCGCCUGGUAGAUCAUUUGGAGAAUUUAAAGGGUUUUAAUUUGAAAGCCAUUAAAUACUUAGUUAUGGAUGAAGCUGAUCGUAUAUUGAAUAUGGAUUUCGAAGUGGAGUUGGAUAAAAUACUGAAAGUACUUCCCAGGGAGAGGAGGACUUUUCUGUUCAGUGCCACUAUGACAAAAAAAGUAAAGAAACUGCAACGUGCUUCUCUUAAAGAUCCCGUCAAAGUGGAAGUUUCCAAUAAAUUUCAAACUGUGGAACAGCUGCAGCAGUACUACAUCUUCAUACCAGUUAAAUACAAAGAUGUCUAUCUGGUCCAUAUACUCAACGAAAUGGCUGGCAAUAGUUUUAUGAUAUUCUGCAGCACUUGCAACAACACCGUAAAGACGGCUCUCAUGUUAAGAGCUCUGGGCUUGGCUGCCAUUCCUCUACAUGGACAAAUGUCUCAAAAUAAGCGAUUGGCUGCGCUCAACAAAUUCAAAGCGAAAAAUCGUUCCAUUCUUAUAUCAACCGAUGUGGCUUCCAGAGGUUUGGAUAUUCCUCAUGUAGAUGUUGUGCUGAAUUUCGAUAUACCCACACAUAGUAAGGACUAUAUUCAUAGAGUGGGUCGUACAGCCAGAGCAGGUCGAUCGGGUAAAGCUAUUACUUUUGUCACCCAAUACGAUGUGGAAUUGUAUCAACGCAUAGAACAUUUGCUGGGCAAACAAUUGCCUUUGUACAAGUGUGAAGAGGAUGAAGUAAUGGCCUUGCAGGAGCGUGUCAGUGAAGCACAGCGUACAGCUAAAUUGGAGCUCAAAGACAUUGAAGAGUCCAAAGGUGCGAAGGGAAGAUUUAAGAAGGGCGGUGGAGACGACUUUGAUGACUCUGAGCAUUUUACGGGAGCACGUAAACGAAUGAAGACCGGAGGCGGUGGCGGCAAAACAAAUUGGAAAAAAGCAAAAAGAAAGUAGAAAUUUUGGUUAAAUGAAAUGUAUUUUUUUCUACAUAUUUUUUAUGAAUAGUUUCGUAAGAUUUUAUUUUUAACGAAAGAAAAAU